AUGAAUUGGGUUAUUACAUUUUAUUUUUUUAUACACCUCACUAUUUACUGGGUGUAUAGUUUUCCUUUGUUAUUGGUCAUGAAUGUCAGUAUCUUCAGUUUUUUCAAGGGUGUGGCAGUAUCAGGUGCUUGGAUAUGUUUGGAUAACUAUAACACAAUUGCUGUAGAAGUAAUAUCUGUUCUGGCUCAGCACACAAGUGCAGUUAUCCAUGCUCUUCAAUCAAAUAUGAAAGCGGUCAUUUUUGAAGGUCUUGAACUUCCUUUGAAAACCACUGGAUUUCUGUGCAUUACUGUGGAUGUACAGUGUGAAACAUGCUCUGCAUUACCUGCAAACUUGAGGGUUUUCCUCCGAGGUGUAGCAACAGUUAUUCCUGAAUGGUCACAAAUUGCACAAAUAUUGUUAUUUUCGUAUGGCUAUAAGGAAGCAGGAAGUUUGGCACUGAAGUUAACAACUGUGUAUAAGUUGUGUGAUGAAAUAUUUUCAUCACAAAAACAUUAUGACUUUGGUUUGUAUUUCUGUCUAGUAUAAUGCAGUAAUCUUUGAAAUAUCAACUUAUUUGCUAUUUUUGUAUAAAUUAGGUGUGAUGUUUAUGAAACAUCUGUUGUUUCCUGUAACUGUUGUUAACUUUGCAUUAUAGGUUACAGAUGUUACCCUAUGAGCUUUGUCAAUAAUAUUAAUUAGUGAGUCUAAUUGAAAUGACUAUAUAGGUGAAUGCUGAUGACAGUUUUCCCUGUUUAUGUCUUUUUAUUUUUUUCUGGCAUCAUGUGAGAAAAAUGAAGGAACAGAAGUGCCACAGGAUGACAAUUACGUGCCUGAUGUAAGGAUGUCACUGCUGAAAUUUGUGUCACAUAGAAGAUAUGUGGCAUAAGAUAUAUGUCUGUCUCAGCUGCUGAAACUAGUGGUUUUUUACUGGACAGAGGUGUCUAGUGUUUAUGUAGAUCAAAAAUGUUCUGUUUACUGCAUCAGUGCAGCAUAUCUUGAAUGUAAUAUUUAAUGAAAGGGCGUUACUGUAAGUCUAUUCUAACAAACUGGUCUACAGUUGUUUGUCUCAUUUCUCCCAUGUGUACAAUAAUUCAACACCAUUAAUUUACUUGUAUCAGGCCAUCAGUUUCUGUUAGCAGAUAAACAACAUUAAAAGUGUCAUAUAAAAGAGAAAUGCAGUUGAUGAACCUAAUAAAUUUGAGACAGGUUCGAUAACCUGUACUUACCUCCAGUUGGGGAAUGUGCAAUAAAGUGGCCAGUUUAAGGGAAACUGAAUUUUUACCAACCAUUGUUUAGUGACACGAGUUUGCCACUUAAUUUUUUUGGAUCUACUCAUCUAACAUUUCACACUGAUGAAAAAAUAUGUAUUGAAUAGGACCUAUAAUAAUUUUUCUGAAACCUUGUAUAGUGGCCACUAUCUGAAGCUUAUGGGGUGAAGUGACCAGUACACACAUAUGUACUCCAAAAGUGAAUAGCAAACCUCUUUCUACUUGCCAUCUUCCUUUAAGUGCAAAUACAAUUGUGUCCUUGGUCUGCAGUGUUAAUGAUUCAUCUACAUUACAGAUGCACUGUCUUAAGAAUAUCAGAGAACUUGUCUGUGCUGGCCUUACUAAAAACUAAUUGGUAAUCCAUUUAGGUAGGUUACCAGAUAUUAAUAUUAGAAUCUUGUUUUUGCUUGCCAUCUCCAACUCUUUGCUGAAAUGAUGUAAUAUUUU